AAGACGACUCUCCUCUGCGGUGGAAGUAGACUUGCUGUAUGUAGGGUCGCCGGGCGAGAGAGAGGUCGUAAGAGAUGGAGGAGAAGAGCCCAAAGCCAAUCAGAUGCAAAGCGGCGGUGAGCAGAGCCGCCGGCGAACCGCUCCAGAUCGAGGAGGUGGAGGUGGCUCCACCCAAAGCCCACGAAGCCCGCAUAAAAAUCGUCUGCACCUCCCUCUGCCACAGCGACCUCACCUUCUGGCGCAUGAAGGAUUUCCCCGGCGUCUACCCCCGAAUCUUCGGCCACGAGGCUGUCGGGGUGGUGGAGAGCGUGGGAGAAGGGGUGGAGGAGCUCGUGGUGGGAGACACGGUGGUCCCCACAUUCCUGGCACACUGUAAGGACUGCGUGGACUGCAGGUCGGAGCGGAGCAAUCUGUGCUCCAAGCUGCCGUUCAACCUCAUCCCCGGGAUGCCGAGGGAUGGGACCACCAGAUUCACGGACUCCAAUGGGGACCCGGUGCACAACUUCCUCUUCGUGUCCAGCUUCAGCCAGUACACCGUAGUGGAUGUGGCCCACCUCACCAAGGUGGACCCCGGCAUCCCCUUCGAGAAGGCCUGCCUCCUUAGCUGCGGCGUCUCCACCGGGGUGGGCGCGGCGUGGAAGGUCGCGGAAGUAGAGGCGGGGUCCACGGUUGCCAUUUUCGGACUCGGAGCUGUUGGUCUGGCGGUUGCUGAAGGGGCCAGGCUUCGUGGAGCUUCAAAGAUCAUUGGUGUCGAUUUGAAUCCCGAAAAAUUUGAGCUUGGGAAGAAGUUUGGGUUAACUGAUUUCGUUAAUCCAAAGGAGAUUGGGGAGAGAACCGUCAGCGAGGUUAUCAUAGAGAUGACCAAUAGGGGUGCCGAUUACUGCUUCGAGUGUAUAGGUUUAGCAUCCCUGAUGAAUGAUGCAUUCCAAAGCUCUCGACCGGGUUGGGGAAAGACUAUUAUAUUAGGAGUGGAAAUGCAUGGGUCACCAUUAUGCGUAAGCUCUGCGGAGAUUUUAAAUGGUAAAUGUAUCAUGGGUACACUAUUUGGAGGGAUAAAAGCGAAGAACGACAUUCCAAUUCUUGCUAAAAAAUAUCUUAAUAAGGAGCUUCACUUGGAUGACUUCAUAACCCAUGAGGUGGGUUUGCAAGAAAUAAACAAAGCUUUUGAUUUACUCAUCCAGGGGAAGAGUCUUAGAUGCACCAUAUGGAUGGACAGAUAAGAAGAUGAGAAGUACACAAUAUCACCUUAUUAUGUGUGUAUUGCUGGUGUAUUAAUAAAGCAAUAAUUAUGUUGAGAAAAUUUAUAUAUGAAAAGCAAACUAUGCUGAGAAAAUUCUAUAAUUGAUUUCGAAGGAUCUUUUGCAAAUUAUGGCUAUUGAAAUCUAAAUUCUUUUUCGCUCAAA